AUGUUGCCAGUAGUGGUUUAUGUCCUAGCACAAACGGACAUCAUAAAAUACAUUCUCUCCCGGCCGUAUCUCAGGAAUCGGAUGGGAAAGUGGGCAGUGGCAAUGUCAGAAUUCACGCUCGUUUAUGUGCCUCAGAAAGCAGUUAAAGGACAGGUCCUUGCCGAUUUUCUCUCAGAUCACCCAGGAGUCAACAUAAAAGAAGAAAUCGGCUGCAUGGAACUACAUCCUUGGAAAUUAUGGUUCGACGGAUCAAGAACAGAAAAAGGUGCCGGGGCAGGAAUCGUCAUCAUCUCGCCCUCGGGGGCACGAUUCACAAUGUCUUGUUCCUUAGCAUUCAAGUGUACCAACAACCAAGCCGAGUAUGAGGCUCUCAUUUUAGGUUUGGAGAUCUUAAUGGAGCUGGGGGCAAAAUCGAUCCAAGUCUGGGGCGAUUCACUGUUGGUGAUAAAACAGGUUGCUGGAGAAUACAAGUGCGAGUCGGAACUCUUAAUCAGAUAUUGUAACAAAGCUAAGCAUCUUAUUGGUGGUUUCUCGGAUACAUGGUUAGAAUACACAGAGAGGAGCGACAAUAUGGAGGCGAAUGAUCUCGCCCAGCACGGUAGCGGUUAUAAGCCUUGCCAUGAGUAUGAAGCGAUCCGACGAGAUACACCAAACUUGGUAACAAGAGACGAUGCGAUAUACGAGACGACCCAUUCCGUGUACCAGUUGGACUUUUCGACAGAUUGGAGGAAAGAGAUAAUUAAUUGGCUUAAAUCACCAGAUAUGUCCAACAUAAGAUUGCGAACUUUGGCCCUCAAUUAUGUAAUCCUGGCCGACGAGUUAUACAAAAGGGGGAGUGACGGGUUGCUGUUUAGAUGCGUCGGCCCAAAAGAAGCGAUGUUGGUCAUGGCCGAGGUACACGAAGGCAUCGCCGGUGCGCAUCAAGCUGGUCCACAAAUGAGAUGGCUGAUCCAUAAAUACGGGUUCUAUUGGCCCAAGAUGGAGCAAGAUUGUAUCCGAUACUCCCAAGGGUGCGAGGCAUGCCAAAAGUGCGGUCCCAUACAGCAUGUUCCUGCUGAAACGCUACAUUCAAUAGUAAAGCCUUGGCCGUUCCGAGGAUGGGCUGUGGAUUUAAUCGGCAAAAUAUACCCAUCGUCGUCAAAAGGACACACGUUUGUGAUUGUCGCAACCGAUUACUAUUCCAAAUGGGUUGAAGCCAUCCCAUUGAAAUCACCAAGUCAAGAAUCGGUCAUAAAGUUCUUCAAAGAGUAUAUUAUCCUAAGACAUGGUUUACCAGAAACUAUUACCACAGACCAAGGAACUAUGUUUACCGGAGGGGAAAUAACCGAUUAUGCAAAAGAGAUGGGCUUCAAAUUGAUACGUUCGACCCCGUAUUACGCGCAGGCGAAUGGCCAAGCUGAAGCAACCAACAAGGCGAUAAAGGGUAUUAUUCAGAAGAUGAUUGAAGACAACCCGAAACAGUGGCAUCAGAUGUUGACAGAAGCCGUUUGGGCGAAUCGCACGAGCUAG